CUUCAGUAAAUUCGGACAUUUUUGUCAGCCUCGAUAACCAGCUCAUGACCAAACUUUGGUCUUCCCAAUUGUAGGACCAAUUUACCGACCAGCUGAUAGAGCGGACCCUUUUUUUGUUAACAAGAAUAUUCCCAUGAUCCCAUCUGCAGAGAAAGAUCGACAUGGAUCACAUCGAAACCGAAGAAGUAUCCGGCCCGACUGAGGAUGAUCAGACUGAAGAAGACCUCUACGAAACCGCUGAACAGAAUGGCGGUGAAUUCGAGAUGCACUUAUCGGUACCGGCUGACGAAGAAGACAGCGCCGAUGUCCAGCAUGGGAUGCGCACGGGUGUGAAGAGUGACAAUGGACUUCCGGGCAGUGGACCCGGUGCGCGAUCGGUUCAGAAUGAAAAGCGACGCACAAAACGAGCAGCCCCCGUUCUAUCUGGGAACGAUAUAGAAAGCUCGUCGAAGCGCCGGAGAAGGCUGAUUGUCGUUAGUCCAACCGAAGAGCUUCCAGCAGGACACCGCCCCUUCCAGCUCAAAUGGUUGCUGGAGUUUGAGUGGUUGCGGUUUGAUCCGGAUAAGAAGAGGAUGUAUUGCAAUUGGUGUGCGGAAUGCAAUAAGAAAAAUGCAUUUGGCAAAGCAGACGGAACCAAUAAUUUUCGGAAAAGUAACUGUGAGGAGCAUUCAAGAAGUCGUGACCAUAAGGAUGCAACAGUGCAACGCUCGCGCCAGAAUUCCUUCCAGCACGAAGUUCACGUCCUGAAUGAAGCCACCGGAUCCGUUGUCACAUCGGCUCGUGGGGCGGACGGAUCGACGGUAUAUCAAGCGAGCACGAUCAACUAUGCGAACCCCAUGAGUCCAGCGGAAGUACGUUUUCAUGCGAAGAAAGCUAGCAUGCUCUUGUCCGGUCUUCUUGUUACCAAAAAUCUGCCUCCUUCUUUGUCCAAAGAUUUUUUGGAGAUAAUGCCGUUCAUGUUUCCUGAUUCAAAGAUUGCGGCUGAUUUAGGCAAUUUUUAAAGAAACGGUUGUGUGUGUUUAGUGGUCACUGGUUUGGUGGUCAAAGAGUUUAGUGGUCACUUUCGGCAGAAUCAUUAUCAGGCUUGUACAUAUUAACUGUAGCACUGCAGAGUGAAAACAAUAAUAACUACUCGUAGAAUCGUAUUUGAUAAUGAAUCUGGAUUUCAC